GAUUUGGAACUGCAAAUUUACCAAAACCCUCGUUUUAUCUUUUCUCGACGGCGACGAGAGAAGCCGCCGUCACGAGCUCCGGCAAAAGUUCUUUCAUCUUCACCGUUCGGUCUGAAACUUAACCAGACAGAUCGAAAGAGAAUUCGAAAACUUGUGCUAAAAAAAACAUGAGGGUGUUAAUUCGGCCAAAUUUCUUGAGCAAUCUGAUUCGAUAUUGCUCUAGAGGUACGCAUUCACACGAUCGUAGCCUGCGAUCGGUUCUCUCGUCAAAUAUGAUUCGUCUGUACACCACCGGAAUGGAACCUCAGUUGUCUCCUGAUCUUAUUAAGAUAAUGGAUCAGAGGCUCUCGGCGAUAGAGCAUCGAAAUGCUGUCCUUCAGAAGCUUAUCAACCAGCCUGAGUACUCACCAGAGGAGUUUUCAAGAGCCAAUAAGGAACUUCGGAAGCUGAGAGAUUCAAUGUUGCUGAUCAAUGAUUUGAGGGCCAAACAAAAGGAGAUUGAUGGAUUGAAAUCUCUGGUGUCGGAAAGUUCGGAUGAUAAAGACAUGCUUGAUUUGGCUGUAGGUGAAUUAGACGAGGCGGUGGAAGAAGAAAAAAGACUUCAAACUUUGCUGCUUAAGUCUUUGCUUCCUAAAGAUGAAGCUGAUGAGAGGGAUUGCAUUUUGGAGGUGAGAGCAGGUACUGGUGGUGAAGAGGCUUCUUUGUUUGCCAUGGACAUAUUCAGAAUGUACGAAAGGUAUUCACAGAAGAAAGGUUGGAAGUUUGAUAUUGUAGACAUCACCGAGUCAGAUAUGAAAGGGUAUAAAGAAGCCAGUGCUGCAAUUUGUGGAGCCAGUGUCUACGGAAAACUAAAGUUCGAGAGUGGAAUUCACAGGGUUCAGCGUAUUCCUAUCACAGAGAAAUCUGGUCGAAUUCACACUAGCGCUAUAUCUGUUGCCAUCCUUCCCCAGGCUGAUGAGGUAGAUGUUCAGCUAAGGAAUGAAGAUUUGAGGAUUGACACUUAUAGGUCUGGUGGCUCAGGCGGUCAACACGCCAACACAACAAACAGCGCAGUCCGAAUAAUCCAUCUUCCAACGGGGAUGAUGGUCUCAAUCCAAGAUGAAAGGUCACAACAUAUGAACAGAGCCAAAGCACUUAAAGUACUAUGUGCAAGGCUAUAUGAAAUCGAAAGGUUGAGAAUACAGAGCAGUCGAUCAAAGCUACGGUCAGAUCAGAUUGGCAGCGGAGACCGAUCUGGACGAAUCCGUACAUACAAUUUUCCACAAGGGCGAGUAACGGAUCACCGUGUGGGAAUCACUCACCAUGCCAUUGAGGAUAUGAUGCAGGGAGAGAAUCUGGACAUGUUCAUUGAUGCCCUUCUCUUGCGCCAAGAAAUGGACGCCAUUGCUUCUUUCAGCUCCACUUCAUGAAUGACAGAGAGGUAGACCAAACCCAAAAACCCUUAAGCUUGUCGUCAGCUGUCACAAACGUUAGCAGUAGCAAUAAAAUUCCAUUGAAAGCUGUGAAAUGAAAGGAGAGAGAGAAAUAUAGAGAAAAAAAGAGGGAGCCAGGGAAGAGGCAGUGCAUGGGUAGAGACAAAACAGAGUCGUUUAAUGUUUUAGUAAACUCAAUCCAUGCUCUGCUUGUUCCCUGUCUCUCUCUCAUUACCGCUUUGUCUUCUUUCAUUGCAAUACCAAUCUAACCUUUGAAAUUGGCCAGUUCCUUUGAGUUAGUUCCUUUGUGUUUGUGUUAUUUCUUAGGGUUUAAAUAGAUUUUGGAAUCGUGUUUCUGUACGCCUUUUGUGAUGUACUACACCAGAAUUCACCAGAAAUAUU